CGCGCGGUACAUGCUGGGACUGCGGGUCCUCCAGGCGCGGGUAAACACUAGACGGCAUCCAGCUGCGCACACUCACAUCAAUAUAGCAUCAUUUUUGAGACACUGUACAGCAAUAACUAAUAUUUGAACAUCACAGUGAAGGCUGGGUUUAGGGUUGGAGUAGGCUUAGAUGGUAAUAAAAUACAAUUUAAUGGGUAAUUUAAUAACUAACAUGAUUAUUAUUAUGUAUUAAUACUGUAAUAAUAAUGAUAAUACAUCACUGUAAUAAUUGGGGUAGACGUUUAUAAAAUACAAGUAAUGAAUAAUUUAAUAAAUAAUAUAAGUAAGUCUCGUUAACUUCCGGCUACAGCUGUAUCCCUUUUAGCAACCGCAGGCGCGCCUCCAUCUUUAAACCCCAGAGAAGCGCUUCCGCUCCGCACCGAACACACAGAACCCGGUUUCACCGAAACAUCAUGAAGGAUUAACGGCAGAUCAGCACUUUAAAACCGGCAGAGCAGAGAUCAGGAGCCCCGAGCAGCGUCCAGCCCGCUGACGGCUUCAUUCCCGCGCUGACACUCACGUAAACACGGCCGCAGCUGUUGUCCGCAUCGCUUUUGUCCGCCGUUUGUCCGGUUCCUGCCCGGUUUCUGCCUCCCGGAGCCCGGAGAUGACCGGAGGAAGAUGUCGGUGUCGGGACUGAAGGCCGAGCUCAAGUUUCUGGAGUCCAUUUUUGACCCACAUCACGAGCGCUUCAGGAUCAUCGACUGGAAACCGGACGAGCUGAGCUGCCAGUUUAACGUUACCGGAGAACAGCUGCUCAUCAUACACUGCAAUAUCACGGAGUCGUACCCGUCCACGCCGCCCAUAUGGUUUGUGGAUUCGGAUGAUCCGAGUCUGACUGGAGUGCUGGAGCGUCUGGAGGAGGUCAGGAGGGGAAGCACACUGCUCCUGCAGCAGCUGAAGAGGCUGAUCUGUGACCUGUGUCGCCUCUAUAAUCUCCCUCAGCAUCCAGAUGUGGAGAUGCUGGACCAGCCGCUGCCUUCAGGACAUCAUACACACGACAGAAAGCUGGGCACGACAGAUGAGGUGACAUCAGAGGAGGAAGAGGAGGAGGACAUGGGAGAGGACAUUGAUCUGGAGCACUAUGAGAUGAAAGAGGAGCCGGUGGAGGGGAAGAAGUCUGAGGAUGACGGGAUAGAGAAGGAGAAUCUGGCCAUCCUGGAGAAGAUCCGCAAGACCCAGCGGCAGGACCACCUCAAUGUAAGUGCGCACUCGGGAGCUGUGUCUGGAUCUGUUCAGGCGUCUGACCGCCUCAUGAAGGAGCUGAGAGAGAUCUACCGCUCUCAGAGCUAUAAAAACGGAAUCUACUCAGUGGAGCUGCUCAAUGACAGUUUGUACGAUUGGCACAUCAAGCUGAGAACUGUGGAUCCUGACAGUGCGUUACACAGUGAUCUGCAGGUGCUGAAGGAGAAGGAGGGAAUGGACUACAUCCUCCUCAACUUCUCCUAUAAGGAUAAUUUCCCCUUCGAUCCUCCAUUUGUACGUGUAGUGUCUCCUGUUCUGUCUGGAGGGUAUGUACUGGGAGGAGGAGCUCUGUGUAUGGAACUACUCACUAAACAGGGCUGGAGCAGUGCCUAUUCCAUCGAGUCUGUCAUAAUGCAGAUCAACGCCACUUUAGUCAAAGGGAAAGCGAGAGUGCAGUUUGGAGCCAACAAGAAUCAGUACAAUCUUGCCAGAGCACAGCAGUCGUAUAAAUCUCUGGUGCAAAUCCACGAAAAGAACGAUUUCUCCAGGCUGGUACACACCACCGAAAGAAGACGGCUAAAUGUGGAGAUGGACAGAGUUUCUCCUCUGCUUUCUCUCUUCUUCUUCUGUCUCCGUCAUCCCUUCAUCAGCUCUGCAGAGAUCCACCAUGUUUCCACACACACCAGAUCCAGUGACAUCUGACCGCUUCUGUACAUUCCUGAGUCCUGAACACACACACACACACACAUAUAGAGUUGCACUGAACUGCAGGAGUGUGUGGAUGAACAUCUCUGAUGAUAGUGUUUGUGUGUGUGUGUGUGUGUGUGUGUGUGUUCUGGGAUCUGCGAGGAGACCCAUAAUGCCUUAAAGAGCAGGAUUGUGACUGAUCUGAGAGCAGCUCUUGUUCCUAUGUUCUCCUUCACCCGUCAGCGUCUCCUGAACCCUAUGCAGUGCACUUGUUAGGGCUGAUCUGUGUUCUUCAGACAGGAGCUGUUAUUCCUUCUUGACGUUUGGACUUCAGAGAUGAAGCGUACUCAAGCCGCUCUGCUGUGCUUCUGAAUGGGAACACUGUGUGUGUGUGUGUGUUAAAGGCUGACUCCAGAUCAGUUCCUCACUCAGACGUUCACUCCUCUGCUGUGGUUCAUCUGUCGGCAUGCUUCACCUUUACUGCAGUUCCGUUUCCUCUUGUUCGGUGUCAUUUUGACAGACAUGUACAGAACCGUUUGUAAACUUGCAUCAAGUUUAUGAAUAAAGAAUUUUAAGAAAUGCA